UCGCUUUCAAAUUACUUUUACCACUGUGUCACUUUAUCGUGGAAGGCUAAACUUGCUAUUCAAACAAUUUAUCUUCGCUCUUGUAGGACUAAACAAUGAGCUAUUGAAUUAUUUCAAUAUAGAACAAUAAGGUGUUUCAAUUUGAAUUUUAGUAAGAAAAACUCUACUGUCGAGAUAGGACGAUUUUAUUGAGGCGCUUCAGUGAAAGUGUCAAAGUUACAAUAAACGAACCAGCUGUUGAAUAUUUAAAUAAAACUAUGGAUACGAAAGAAGGAAACGUCAAUCUCAAGGAAAGUUGCCAUUAUGGAAGUGUGCAGCGAGAGUCAUCCGAAGAAGAAGAAAUGGAUGAACCAGUAGGAUGGAAGUUUUGGAAGAAAAGACGUUAUGUUGUUGGAGUAUUAGCAUUUUUUGGAUUUUUUACCUCUUAUAUUUUACGAGUUAAUUUGAGUGUUGCAAUUGUCGCAAUGACAACAAGUUCACAUGGGGAAGAAGCAGAGUUUAAUUGGGACUCAAAACUCCAAGGACUUGUUCUCAGCUCAUUUUUUUACGGAUACAUUAGCACACAAUUAUUAGGCGGAUGGCUAAGUGCGCGUAUUGGCGGUAAAAGAGUAUUUGGAAUCGGAAUCGCGGUAACUGCACUUUUGACAUUGAUAACACCACCUUUGACACGAGUCAGUGUUUAUAUUCUGGUUGCUUUACGGAUAAUCGAAGGAAUAUUCGAGGGUGUAACAUAUCCAUGUAUUCAUUCCAUAUGGGCAAACUGGGCUCCGCCUUUAGAAAGAUCAAAACUUGCGACUCUUGCAUUCUCAGGCAGUUUCGUUGGUACAGUUUUCGCAAUGCCCGCAUGUGGAAUUAUGGCUGAACGUUUAGGUUGGCCAUCAGUCUUUUAUAUUUUCGGAGUUGUAGGCUUAGUAUGGUUCACACUUUGGUGGCUCAUAGUCACUGACAAACCAGAAGACGAUCCCAGAAUAUCAAAGUCUGAACUUGAUUACAUAAAAAAAUCACUCGGAAGCGGUAAUCAACAAAUGAAAAUUUCUCAUCCUUGGAAGUCAAUUUUUAAAUCACCAGCUGUUUGGGCCAUUGUAGCAGCUCACUUUAGUGAAAACUGGGGUUUCUACACGAUGCUUACGCAACUACCGAAAUUUAUGAGCGAUGUGUUGAACUUCAAGCUUGAAAAAACAGGAUUUUUCUCGGCAGUUCCGUAUUUAGUAAUGUCUAUUGUGUUACAAUGUUCUGGACAUUUAGCCGACCAUUUACGAUCAAAAAAUGUCCUGAGUACCACUAAUGUACGCAAAAUAUUCACUUGCGGUGCUUUUUUGAGUCAGACAAUAUUUAUGAUAUCCGCUGGGUUCGCAACAACAUCAACGAGUGCUAUUACUUGUCUUUCCAUUGCUGUUGGCCUUGGAGGUUUUGCAUGGUCAGGCUUUAGUGUAAAUCAUCUUGAUAUUGCUCCACAACAUGCAAGUGUCUUGAUGGGUAUAGGAAACACAAUCGCAACUCUUCCUGGCAUCGUUAGUCCUAUUAUUACUGGUUACAUCGUUCAAAAUAAGACUGCCGCAGAGUGGCGAAUAGUAUUAGUGAUUGCCGGUUCAAUCUAUUUGAUAGGUGCUAUAAUUUAUGGUUUAUUUGCAUCCGGUGAAAGACAACAGUGGGCUCUAGAGAAGAAAAAUGAAGAUUUAAAAGCAUACACUAAUCAAGCUAUGGAUUAUGAUUCUCACGUAAAUAAUAAAAAAUUUACCGAAGAAAUUGAAGUAGACGAAGCGGUAGGAUGGAAACUUUGGAAAAAACGCCGUAACGUUGUUGUAGUCUUGGCGUUUUUUGGAUUUUUCACUUCUUAUAUUCUGCGAGUCAAUUUAAGUACUGCAAUUGUUGCAAUGACAACAAGUUCAUCUGGAAAAAAAGCAGAGUUUGAAUGGGACUCAAAAAUUCAAGGAUACAUUCUCAGCUCUUUUUUCUACGGAUACGUGAGUACACAAUUGCUAGGCGGAUGGCUAAGUGCACGUGUUGGGGGUAAAAUGGUUUUUGGUGUAGGCCUUGGAGUAACUGCACUUUUGACUUUGGUAACACCACUCUUAACACGAGUCAGCGUUUACAUUCUUAUUGGCUUACGAGUAGUCGAAGGAAUAUUUGAGGGUGCAGCGUAUCCAUGUAUUCAUUCUAUAUGGGCCAACUGGAUUCCACCUCCAGAAAGAACAAAAUUAGUGUCUCUCGCAUUCUCAGGCAGUUUUGUCGGCACAGUUUUCUCAAUGUCAACGUGUGGAAUCAUGGCAGAACGAUUAGGUUGGCCGUCAGUCUUCUAUUUCAGUGGAACUCUAGGCUUGAUUUGGUUGACACUAUGGUGCUUUAUUGUCACUAACAAACCAGAAGAUGAUCCUCAUAUUUCACAGUCUGAACUUAAUUACAUAAAAAAAUCACUUGGUCAAAUUGAUAAUCAAACGAAAGUUUCUCAUCCAUGGAAGUCAAUUUUUAAAUCAUCAGCCGUUUGGGCAAUUUUAGCUGCACAUUUAAGUGAAGCUUGGGGUUUUUAUACAAUGCUAACUCAAUUGCCGAAGUUCAUAAAUGAUGUUUUAAACAUGAAGCUUGAGAAUACAGGGUUCUUCUCAGCGGUGCCUUAUCUUAUUUUGACAAUCAUUGCACUAUCUUGCGGCCAAAUAGCUGAUUACUUACGUUCAAGAAAAAUUUUAUCUACUACAAAUGUACGAAAAUUAUUCACCUGCAGUGCUUUUUUAAGUCAAACAGUAUUUAUGAUACUGGCUGGAUUUUCAUCGACAUCAACGAGCGCUAUUAUUUGUCUGACUGCUGCCGUUGGUCUUGGAGGCAUUGCAUGGUCGGGUUUCAUGGUGAACCCUUUGGACAUCGCUCCUCAACAUGCGAGUGUGGUUUUAGGAAUUGGAAAUACUGUUUCUACUUUUCCUGGUAUUAUCAGUCCUAUCCUAACUGGUUACAUCGUUACAAAUGGAGCAGCCAGCGAGUGGAGGAUCGUUUUUAUUAUCGCCGGGGCAGUUUAUUUAGUUGGAAUUAUAGUCUAUGGUCUUUGGGCGUCAGGUGAACAACAAAAAUGGGCCCGUGAGAAAAAAAAUGACGACUUAAAUGCAUACAGCAAUCCUGCAUUGGACUAUGUUCCUUGUUAAUAAAUUUAUAUUGAAAAAGAAUCAAAAGAAAUUUAAAAAUCAAUUUACAUUUUUUCUUUACUGUAUAAAAUUAUGAUAAUAUAAUAUUAAUAUUUUUGUAUGAAAUGAGAAUAAUUGUCACUGAAAUCAAGGCCUAUGACACAAAAAGCAAACAAAAUUUACAACCAGAUGUUUAGUUUAAACAGUAUCAAAAUGAUUUGAAUUCACAAUAUUAUUUCAAUAUAAUCUUACCACUCAU